ACAGAUGAGCAUGGAAGGUGGGUUUGAUAUUGAACAUGAUGGCAAGGAAAGCCAAAGAGAGUGGGUUAAAGAUGGAUCAGUAGAUCUCAAGGGAAGCCCAGUCUCCUAUUCUGCAACUGGACGUUGAUGAGCAUGGAAGGUGGGUUUGAUAUUGAACAUGAUGGCAAGGAAAGCCAAAGAGAGUGGGUUAAAGAUGGAUCAGUAGAUCUCAAGGGAAGCCCAGUCUCCUAUUCUGCAACUGGACGUUGGAAUGCUGCUUUCUUUAUUAUGGGUGUUGAAAUGGGUGAAAGAUUAGCAUACUUCACCAUAGCAGCCAGCCUAUUCACAUACCUAACAAAUGUUAUGUAUCAGGGUGUUGCAGCAUCUGCAGAGACUGUGAACAUAUGGUCUGGGGUGACAAGCAUUCUUCCUCUAGUAGGAGGUUUCCUGAGUGAUGCCUAUGUUGGGCGCUAUUAUAUGAUCAUAAUUUCCUCACUUGUCUAUCUCUCAGGAUUAGCACUCCUCAUUGUCUCAGUAUCCAUCUCUUCUCUCAGCCCUCAUUCUCCUCCUAACAUGCAAAACCAUGCCACGGGCACUCAAAUUGCAGUUCUAUUCACAGCACUUUAUAUGAUAUCUUGUGGGUCAGGAGGAAUGAAGCCUUCUUUGUUAUCACUCGCCGCAGAUCAGUUUGAUUAUCAACAUCCAGAUGAAAGCAAACAAAAGAUCUCCUUCUUUAACUGGUAUUUCUUCUUCAUGGCGUUGGCCAUUCUCAUGUCAAAUACAGUGAUAGUGUAUGUUCAAGGGAAUGUCAGUUGGGGGGCAGGAUUUGGCAUCGUGGCGUCUGUGAGUUUCAUUGCUGUAAUCAUCUUCUUAUUUGGGACGCGCAAGUACAGACACAGAAUUCCUGCUGGAAGUCCAAUCACUCGGAUUGCUCAGGUGUUGGUUGCUGCUUUCAGAAAUCGUAAUUUGCGAGUAAGGGUAGAGCCUAACAACCCAAAUCGUAAUGACUUCAGGUGCCUGGAUAAGGCAGCCAUAGGAGAAGAAGAGCAUUGCAACAAAGAUCCCUGGAAAGCGUGCACAGGGAGACAAGUGGAAGAAGUGAAGCAAGUAGCAAGAAUGUUACCGAUGUGGCUCACAGUGAUCAUUUACUCUGUCACUCUUGCUCAAGGCGGCACAUUCUUCGUGAAACAGAGCAGCACAAUGGAUAGGAGUCUGGGGCCCCACUUUAGCAUUCCCCCUGCCUCCACCCUGGCCAUAGUAAUCAUUGCCACUCUGAUUGCAGUGAGCGCAUAUGACCGCCUGCUGGUUCCAAUUGCAGCAAGGAUAACCGGCAUGGAACGAGGCAUAAGCAUUCUUCAGAGAAUUGGGGCAGGAUUGGUGUUUCUAAUCUUGGCAAUGGUAAUAGCAGCCCUGGUGGAAGCCAAGCGCCUGAAAAUCGCGCAAGCCCACGGUCUCAUGGACAAGCCGCAGGCUGUGGUUUCCAUGAGUGUCUUUUGGCUUGCCCUACCCAAUGUAGUUUUGGGUAUAGCGGAUGCUUUUGCUCUGGUGGGUCUGCAAGAAUUUUUCUAUUCACAAGUGCCGGAUAGCAUGAGGAGCUUGGGUGUUGCUUCCAAUUUGACAGCUAACGGUAUCGGGAGCUUCGUCAGUAGUCUUGUUAUUCACAUUGUUAACAGUGUUACCGGGAAGAUGGGUCACAGGUGGCUUCUCGAUAAUCUGAAUACAAGUCGUUUGGAUAAAUUUUACUGGUUAUUGGUUGCUUUGAAUGCUCUCAAUCUUUUGGCAUUCAUAUUCACUGCACGAAGAUACAGGUAUAAGAGCCUCACAUGAUACGAGAUUGAGGUGCAGGGAAUGUUAUGAAUGUUAAUAUAUUUGGAAUGAAUUGAUCUAUCAUAUCUAUCUGUAGAUAAAUCCAUUUAAUGUAUGUCCGUAGAUAUCUCUAACUGAAACAUCUUUUAAUUAGAAAUAUCACUAAAUGGA